AUGGCGUUGCCAAAGAACUGCGUGGUCAGUAGUACUGCCUGAUGAUGUUGGUGUUGAGGCGCAAUGCUGAUUGCUUGCAGCGAGUGUCGCGGGAAGAGCGCUGCCAUCUCGACCGGGCUCUCGCCCUCCGACAGUUCCAGGAGCCGCACUUUGCAGUGCACGACAAUGCUUUCCUGGAUAUCAUCGGAAGUGCGCCGAGCAUCGAAUUGGGACUGGAGAAGGACUGGCCAUUUGCGCACGAAGCCGGCGUGUAUCUCCCGGAUCAGGAUGCGGUGUACAUCACGAGCAAUGGACUGGACACGGCCUCGGGUAAAGGCAUCAAGCUGGGCAAGAUGAGCAGAAGCAAUGGCCGAUGGAGCUAUGAAGAGCUUCAGACGGGAGUGACGAUGGGCAACGGCGGCGUCAACUACCGAGAUGGGGUGCUGUUCUGCGACCAAGGCAACCAGACGAAAGCUGGUGGGCUGGUGUGGAUGGAGGCCAGACCACCAUACAAGACGCAAACGCUGAUCUCGUCGUAUCACUGGCGGAGGUUCAGCAGCGUCAACGAUGUGGUGGUGCACGGUGAUGGGAGCAUCUGGUUUACCGAUCCAUGCUACGGAUAUGAACAAGGAUUCCGGCCUCUGCCGCAGCUGCCGUGUCAAGUGUACCGCUUCGAGGCGGACACGGGGGACAUGCGUGUGGUGGCUGACGGCUUCGGACGACCCAACGGACUCUGCUUCUCGCCGGACGAGAAGACGAUGUACGUGACCGACACCGACUGGAUCCACGGCGAUGGCACGACGGAUCACACGCGAGUCUCGACAAUGUAAGUGUCAUGAUGAAGGAACUACUUGGAUGCACCGACUUGGAUGCACCGACUUGGAUGUAUCGACUUGACUUGUACCUUGCGGUAUGCACCGGGAUGCACUGACUGGGUGGCGCAGAUACGCGUUCGACGUGAUGGAGCGACAUGGGUCGUCUUUCCUGGCCAACCGAAGGGUCUUUGCCAUGGCGGAUGAAGGUGAGUGAAGUGUGAAUUCCGUGCGUGCGUGCGGGCAUGGGCAUUGGUGAAGCGAAUGCAGUGGAGUGGCUGAGUGAGGCAUUGAUUGCAUUGCAGGCAUUCCCGACGGCAUCAAGUGUGACUUACAGGGCAACGUCUACAGUGGAUGCGGCGACGGUGUGCACGUGUGGAGUGCCGGGGGGAGAUUGCUGGGUAAGGUGCGAGUGGCGGGCGGGGUGGCCAACUUCUGCUUCGGCAGGAAGGGAGAGAUGUUCCUGCUGAACGAGACCAAGUUCUGGGUGGUGCGGGUGAGCGAGCGGGUGCAGGGGGCGUUGUUGGCGAACAUGAAGAUAUCGGUAUAA